CCACUGAACUUACUGACAGUUGUUCGAUUUAUAUUAAUUUUACGUUUGUUUUUCUGUCAAAUUUCUCAGUUGCGGCAAAACAAAUGUACAAUUCGAGUAACAGGGGAGCGGCAGCAGUAGUAACGAAACAACUCAAGCGCCUGCAAAGAGUAUACGGGAGGCGCGCCAAGAAGGUAGCCAGCGAUUAAGGAAAAAGCGUGCUGCCGGUUACGGGCAGGGGUACGUACUCCGUAUCCGUCUCCUUCUCAGUCUCCGUCUCCACAUUAAACACACACACAUGCAACGUGUAUGUUGUGUGCGCUGCGCAAGGUUACCGAACAAUAUUAUUACCGUUAAUUAUAGCUGCAGCGGAGCAGAGUUUAUGUAUAUUUAAGCAUAUAUACACACGCACCUACAGAGUACAUAUACAUAUAUAUAUGUGCCUACACUCACCUACAUAGAUGUUAAAGUUUGUGCUAAACGACGCCGCUACCUGUGUGCGCAGCAAUGUGCGAGAGUUCAGCCUCAACGCUCUACGUCUCCUGCCGCACCUGCCACAGCUGAGUCCGUACGAUGUGAAUCUUCAGCUGCGGGAGAACGAAUUUGUGUACAACUUCCCGGUGGAUGGGAUUGUGCGGAGUUACGAGACGAAUCAGCUUGGCUCCAACUCCCCCUGCGAGGAUUCACGCACCGAGGCCAGCUUGCUGCACAGAAAUGGCUUCAUUUGUGGCAUAUUCGAUGGGCAUGGCGGUGCCGCCUGUGGCCAGGUGGUGUCCAAGCGUCUCCUGCGCUAUGUCUCGGCGGCCACACUGCCGCGCCAGGUGCUGCGGGAGCAAAUGAAGCAGAACUGCAACAGCCAGUCCUUCCUCAAGUGCCACAACGACAACGUUGACUUCGUCAACGAGAUCAAGCCGAUCUACGAGCACAGCUUCCAGAAGUACAUCAAGCAGCUGGCCCAGACACCGCAGCGGGACGUGAGCAGCGAACUGGUGCACGCCUUUCUCCAGCUGGACGAGGCACUGUCACACGAGGCGCUGGCCACCAUCGAUGUGCGCACCAUGGGUGUGGCGCUGUCGGGUGCCGUGGCGUGUCUGGUGCAUUUGGAGGGUCUGCAACUGCAUGUGGCCAGCACUGGGGACUGUGGCGCCGUUCUGGGUGUUCUCGAUCCGCAAACGAAUCAAUGGCAUCCAAAGAAGCUCAACGUCGAGCACAAUGUGGACAACAUGGCCGAGGUGAAGCGCAUACUCGACGAGCAUCCCAAGGAGGAGCACGAGACGGCCAUACGCAAUGGCCGACUGCUCAGCCAAUUGGCACCGCUGCGCGCCUUUGGCGACUAUCGCUACAAAUGGUCCCUGGACAUAAUGCAGAAGAAGGUGGUGCCCCUGAUCGGGGAGCAGGCGAUGGCACCCAACUAUUAUACGCCGCCGUACCUGACCGCCCGGCCCGAUGUGCAACAGCACGAGCUGAGCAUCAACGAUAAGUUUCUAGUCAUAGCCAGCGAUGGCCUGUGGGAUUUCCUCUCGCCCAGCGAGGUCGUCAGCCUCGUGGGGGAGCACAUCAACUCGAAGAAGAUACUAGAGCCGAUGCGACUGCCAGAGGGUAAUCCCACGCUACAGCAAAUCUCUGAUCAGCUGGCCGAACGCAAAGCUGGUCUCACACGUAAACCAAUUGAUCAGAAUGCUGCCACACAUUUGAUUCGCAAUGCGCUGGGUGCCACCGAUUAUGGGAUCGAGCACUCAAAGAUCUCGUACUACCUGUCGCUGCCCAAGGAUGUGGUGCGUCUGUAUCGCGAUGAUAUAACCAUUACCGUCAUUUACUUCAACACGGAGCACAUAGCCGGCCUAAGAGAUGCACAGCCCGCACCGCCGGCAGCGUGAUGAUGUUUCCCCCCCACUGGACUAUCUGACUCUUUUUGGAUUUUAACUUUUGCCGCUCUGCUUGUAAAAUACUUAUUGGCUGCUGCCCACACUCUCCAGAAGCCUUCUCAAGCUGCAAUACUGCUAGGCUAAGUGUUCUUUGCGUUUAAGUUUUGUUUCUUCGGACAGUAAAAUCCUCUCUCUCGCGCGCGCAACACAAAAUCGAGAA